AUGGUGGACUUAAUAGUUUUCUUUCUGUGCUUUCUCCAUCUUAGCAACAAUUUGGUUGGAGCGGAUUGGGGAUUAUCUUUGAAGGAAGAAUUGAAAUUCCAGAAGCGACUUAUAAACCUUAAGAAAUCUGCAAUUAAAAACAUUCAAACAAGAGAUGGAGAUAUAUACGACUGUAUUGAUUUCUACAAACAACCUGGCUUUGAUCAUCCUUUUUGGAAGAAUACCACAUUUGAGAUGAAACAUAAUUUGUUUGUAGAAGGAAUGAAAGCCAAAAGGAAUUUGUCAUUAAAUUUUGGGCUAAAAGGUGCAGGUUGUCCUUAUGGAACAGUUCCUAUAAUAAGAAUCAAUAAAGAUGACUUGACAAGAGCCAAAAUGCUUUCAACAAUAUAUUCUUCAAAUAUAGAUGAAGAACCUGGACAUCAUUAUGCAAUACUUCGAACAAAAACUGACCCUAAUAGAAAGCUGGUUGGAAUUGAAUCAUAUUUUAGCAUGUAUAAUACAAAAGGAGUCACUGGAUCUCAGUAUAGUGAAUUCCGAAUGACAUUUUCAAAUGGUUUUGACACCAUAAAAACAGGUUUAACGAUUGAUGGAAGAACACAGUGUUUCAAUCAACAUUGUCCUGGAUAUGUGCAAAUAAAUUCUCAAAUACCUCUAGGUUGGCCGAUAGAUAACACUUCUGUUGUAGGUGGAGAACAAUUUGCCAUUAAAUUGCGAAUCAAUAAGGAAAUACAUGGCGGGCCAAAUUCAACAAAAUUUGCUUGGACAUUAUACUUUGAUGAAGACAAUUCUGUAAUUGGUUUUUGGCCCCCGGCACUAUUUGGCAAAUUGAGUGAGUUUGGCAAUCAAGCCGAUUGGGGAGGAGAAGUCUAUAGUCCACUAGAUCAGCCUAGUCCCCCUAUGGGCACUGGCCUUCAUCUAUACGGGAAGAAUUCAAAAUAUGUCGCUCAUAGUCGAAAAAUUGCAGCUGUGUAUGAGAAUGCAAAGUUUCAUUUUGUUAAUCCAGUCGAUACAGAGGUGUAUGCGUCUAAUCCACGUGCAUACAGUAUUCAUGAUUUUGGAUAUUAUGAUGAAUAUUGGCAACGUCUUAUUUAUUAUGAUGGUCCUGGCGGAAUCAAAGGAGCUUGA